UUUUUUUUUUUGGUUAUGUUCCGUUUUUCCAAACCGCGGCCAGUCGAGCUCGACAGCAGCGACGACUCUGCCGCCCGGACGACGGCCACCGGCGGCAGCGUCACAGCCAGCACCAGCAUUAGCACAGCCGCACCAGGAGGCGGCAGGGCGAGCGAGGCCGGGCACGGUCGAGGUGGAGCUGCAGGCCGUGGAGGAGCGACAAGGCAAUUUGCUGCACACACAUCGUCGACCGUCAGCACGGACAGCAGCAGCAGUAGUAGUCGAGACAAGUCAGCAGCAGCAGCAGCAGCAGCAGGAGCAGCAGCAGGCGGUGGUGGUCGGGCUGCGGGUCGGAAGGACGACGGCAAUGGAGCAGUAGUGCCAGCUGGUAUUGGUCGGAGCUGGAAUCAGAGCGUCAACAACAACAACAACAACAGCAACAAGCCAGCGACCAGUAGUAGCACAUCGCAAGCCAAGACCGCUACUGCUACGAAUACGGCUGCAACAACUGCCACAACUACCACGAACACGACCACUGCGACAGUACCGCCAAGUACGAGCAGUCAGUCGACCAAAGUGAUGCAGUCGUCGUCGUCGGCCAAAGCUGCCAAGUCGUCCAAAUCUGGCGCGUAUUCCACUGUAUGGCACAUUACGCUGCCACCAGAGGACGAAUCAACAACCACCAAGACCAGCACUGCAGCAGUAAUGCCGACGACAACUGGAACCACGGAUACCGCUGCGAGCACGACUCCGCCGAGCAGCAAGGGCAGCAGCAAUGGUAACCAACCUGGUAACGGUACCAAGAUUGCUACCCAAGCGACCAGCACGAAAUCUACCACGACGACGACGACUACUCCUACUACUACUACUACUACUACUACUACUAAUGCUGCUGCUAAUCCUACUGGUGCAAUUGUACCGGCGAAUGGAAGCCAGAAGACUGCAGACCGGAGCACCAAACCCAUCCCGCCUCGGCCGCACCCCGUCAAGCCAAGCAUUGCCGACCGCAUUCGAGUCUUUGGCGGACUCGCUCCCUCUGAAAGUUCCAACACUAGCAACUCUACUACCGUUAAAAGCCAUGCUGCAGACCAGAUUAAUGACGGUGGUGAUCAAGAUGUCAUGGAUGUGCUGCGAGCGCCGUUACAUUCCCCAUUGCAACGGUCGCGCUCGGACGAGUCUGCUCUCGGAAGCGAGCAAAGUAGCGCGCUAUCAAGCCCCGAGCUCAGCAAUAGCGUCAGCAAAGCUCUAUAUCGGCCGCCAGCACCGUUGCCAGCGGAGACCGUCGCGUCGCCUGUGGCCAACAACAUCAACAACCACAAUCACGCGUUCGGGCCAAAAGCUGUUUCGGCAGCAGCGUCCUAUCCAAUGAUGCGUCCAGUAGCAUCAUUUUCACCUGUAGACGACACGAGCUCUGUCGCCGCCACCGCGCCCACGACUCCGGUUGCGCGCAACAGUGAUCCGGACGCGCUGCUCGGCGCACGCCCAAGCGCUCGGAGCGGGUUGAAAAAAUCAUACUCGCUCAUGUCAAAGCGCUCGACGCGGCUCUACGAUUCCAUGCGAAUGCGCGCGAGCCGCCUGCCUGGAAUCGUCUUUAUCGACCACGACACUCUGCGCUCGACAUACUCGUACGUGUCGCCAUCACCCUCGGCGCUCCAACAGCUUGGUCAGGGUAUCAAUUCUCGCGAAGCCCUGCGCACAUCGGCCUACAUGUAUCUCGCGUCAUCGCCCAGCUUGAGUCGAACGACAUCGAUCAGCAGGCAACACGCUACCAGCGAGGACGCAACUUCCCUUGCAUCGGGGUAUGCCAUGUUAAAUGGGGCAGAUGACGCUGGCUCUGCAAGACCAAUGUCUAUGCUAUCACGCCGCAGUAUUGCAUCGGGCUACGCAGUGCUCGGCACGGACACGGACUCGCUUUCGGACGGGCUGCCAAUCUCAGAGUGCUUUUAUGCCCUUCCCACCUCGCCCCAGACGCGAGUUCCGCCUUGUUUCCUGUCUGGCUCGCUGACUUCCCGCGAUCUCAUCACCUUUUCCACCACGCUUGGCUCUGGCAAUUUCGGUGUCGUGAUGCGGGGUGAAAUUCCUGCCUCGAUUCUCACGGUUGCCCAAAGACGUCGCAUGUCUCGAUCGCAGUCACCGGCGAUGCAAGCAUCACCUGGAUCGCCUGGCUCUCCUGUGUCCCCAAAUGCACCGACGGGUUCUGCCGUUGCAAAGAGGCACCCGUUCCUGCACGAGGGUCUCAUCGAGCUCAGCAUUGCAGAAGCUCUCAAAGAUGACGAUGACGAGGAGGACAAAGAGGACGACAACGACCCGAGCGAUCCCGACGACCCCAUGGACACGCUGCGCUCGUCCGCGAGCAGCAUCCCGCGCGGGUCGUUCUCGUCUGUUCAACAUGCGGACGAUACCCUCAGUCUCGAGUUGAAGGCCACGACGGUGCAGGUCGCUGUCAAAAUCCUCAAGGAAGGCGCGGACGACAAAAGCAAAGAUGACUUUGCCGAGGAGGCUGCCGCCAUGGCCAAGUUUGGUCACCCGAACAUUGUCCGCGUUCUUGCCUAUUUUGCGGAAUGCGAGCCCUAUCUUCUCGUGCUCGAGUUCCUCGAGUACGGCGACGUUCGAGACCUCAUGCAGCAAUGCUGGGGCGACGAAGCAAACACCUCUGCGUUGCUGCCAGUGCGGGACGCCGAGUUUGUGCACAUUCUCUCGCAAAUCGCAUCGGCCAUGGCCUACCUGGCGUCGCUCCGUUUUGUUCACCGCGAUCUCGCUGCGCGCAACUGUCUCGUUGGAGGUGGCUUGACGGUCAAAAUCUCCGACUUUGGCUUGUCGCGUGCCCUUGACGAAGACAGCGACUAUUAUCUCGUCAAGACCCGCGGUGCACUGCCUGUGAAGUGGAUGGCCCCCGAGUCACUCAAGUUGAAACGAUUCAGCACUGCUACCGAUGUUUACGGAAUGGGCGUAACCAUGUGGGAAAUCUACUCGUAUGGUGCUGCGCCAUUCAAAGACAUUCCCCCGUUUGAAGUCAUCGACCUUGUUGACAAGGGCAAGCGUCUCGAUCAACCCGCCGCUUGUAGCCUUCAAAUCUACUCCCUCAUGCUCAAGUGCUGGGAGGCCGAUCCAACACUCAGACCGUCCUUCGACGACAUUGGGCUGUUCCUUCGCGGAACGCAGACAGCCGGGGCGGCCAGUGAGAUCCGCGAUCUCGGCAAGCUUUUAGCUGACAUCAAGGCGCAGUACCAACUGGAAUCCGGAGGAACGCAAUAGCCAGCUCGUAGUAUUUUUUGAUUUCAUUUUUUUUAUUCGUUCAAAAAACAACCUCUCUUCAAAUUCCAUCCCUUGUUGCCCCCCCCACACACACACACACACAGUAAAUCACAUAAAGCUGACAUUCAUCUCG